UCGAACAACGUCUCGGUCCAAACAAGAAAGUGGGCCCAAGGCCGCCGAUAGUUCACCGUUUUCUCACACACAGACAUUGAAGACGAAGGAAAGAAAAUUUCCGUUACGUUUCCGCCACAAGAAAAACUCUCAGAAUCCACGGUUUUCUUCUCUCUUUAUAACCUAGAAAAUUUUCUUCCCCGCUGCGUUAAACAAAAUGACGAAUUGUAUAUGUUAUUGUGGCAAAUCUGUGAUUGUCCCCAAAUCUAUAGACAAAAUGAGCUUUACUGUAUCAACUAAACCGGUGCUAAUCAGGUUGGGGGUUGUACCUUCUAGUACAACCACCGUCAGUACUUCUAGGGUUUCUUUGGUUAGGGCUUCAAUGGUGGAUUCAUACGAGAGUUCCUCUAAUUUUGCUAGGCGCAUGGAACAAGCCUGGUUAAUUUCACAGCAACCAAGACCAGUUGCUUGUGCUUCUUGCCACUCAAAUGGACACGUGGAAUGUAAAUGGUGUGCAGGUACAGGCUUCUUCAUUCUUGGAGAUAACAUGCUUUGCCAGGUUCCUUCCAGGAACACUACUUGUGUUAUUUGUACUGGAAAGGGGUCAAUGUGCUGCCCUGAUUGUAAAGGAACAGGCUUUCGUGCCAAGUGGUUGGAGGAGCCUCCUUCCAAGUAGCAGCAGGCACAAGAGAUAUUGUGAUUUCUUCUACAUGUUCAUUUUGGAAUUAAUGAUGAUCAAUUGAUUAAAGUUAUUAUAGUCUCAUUUACUUGCACAGAUCAUAACAUGUAUUGUUUAAAUGUUUUAUUGAAAAAUCAAUUCAUUGAGCACAAAAGCAGUAGCUAGAAUAUAUUUGGAUCAUGUGUUGCCAAAAUUGUUAACAGGAGAUCUCUGUUCAGCAGACUGGUUAAUUGACAUGUUUUUGGAUUUCUGUUUCA